UGCUCCUGCAAGCACAUCUCGUGUCGGUGACUCUCCGUGCUUUCGUAAAGCUCGACUUCGGUAUCUGGUCCUUCCAUUAACUACAGAUGCGAUAGGGACUCUUUUGUGUGUAAAAACCUUCCAAGCAUCCACCUUAAAUAUUCAGUGGGUAGUUUCUUCAGUGAUAACGCCGCAUAAAGUUGUUCUAAAGUUUCCUGGCUGGCGUCAAGAAACUAUGCGUUCUGUAAUAAAGUUCCUUCCAUAUUUUUGUGGCAUGGAGUACUUUGUACUGCGAACACAAGGAGGAGUGAAGAGAUCCAGGCAUGAGGACGAGAUGCGAUAGUUUAUACGACCUCAAGAUCUCAUCAUGUCUGCGGCCACCCCCACCAUCUUUCUGCUCAACAGCACCUCCACUCAUCAAAGCAAGGACGAGCAGAGUGAAGUGGACUACAGCUUGCUGCUAUGGGGGCCCAAGAGAGACACUCUGUGGGUGGUAGUGCCCGUCACUGUCUAUUACGUCAUCAUCUUCAUCAGUGGAGUCGUAGGCAAUGUUUGCACCUGCGUAGUCGUGGCCCGCAACAAGCACAUGCACACCGCCACCAACUACUACCUCUUCAGCCUGGCCAUAUCGGACUUGCUACUGCUGGUGUCCGGCAUGCCUACGGAGAUGUAUCACAUCUGGUCCAAUUAUCCCUACGUUUUCGGGGAGACAUUCUGCGUGCUAACUGGGUUCGCAUCCGAGACCUCCACGAACGCAACGGUGCUCACCAUCACCGCCUUCACGAUCGAGCGAUACGUCGCCAUCUGUCAUCCUUUCCUCUCUCACACCGUCAGCAAGCUGUCUCGCGCAGUCAAGUACAUCAUGGUCAUCUGGGUGCUGUCCCUGUGUCUGGCAGUGCCUCAGGCUAUCCAAAUGGGAAUAUUUUACCCGCUAGAUGACAAUGGGAAUAUUGAGACCGAAGAGUACUCCGCGUGCACAGUGAAGUACUCGAUUAUUCCAUACUCCUUCUUCGUGUCAACGGUGGUGUUCUUCCUGACGCCCAUGACGCUGAUCACCGUGUUGUACGUGCUAAUUGGGGUGAGACUCCAUCGGUCCAGCCAGAUCACGGAGGGCGGUUCCCAGCGGCGGCGAGCUCUUCUCAGUGACAAGGAAGCGCCCCUGGUGGUGCGGGGCAGUCAGCGUAACGGACCUCACAGCAAGUCUACCAAGCGGGUCGUCAAGAUGCUUGUGGCCGUGGUGGUGGCAUUCUUCGUCUGCUGGGCACCUUUCCAUUUGCAGCGACUGCACUCGGUGUUCGGGUUCGCUGGCGACGACACCACCCACACAGCGUACCUGGUCCACAAGGUGAUGACUUAUGCCAGCGGGAUCUUCUACUAUCUGUCCACCACCAUCAAUCCCAUCCUGUACAACAUCAUGUCGCUCAAGUUCCGACAGGCCUUCAAGAGUACUCUGACAAAGUGUCUUGGUCGAGACCGUCUGCGACACUCAGGAGAUUUGGCGAGCUGCGGGGGUGGCAGUUUGGGCGCAGGUAGGUCACCCUUUGCCGCCAUUUCCCGGUGUUCUUCCAGGAACAACAACAGUGUGAGCAGCGGCAACAGCUACGUGGAUCCAGGGGCCGAUCUUAGCAAGCGUCCGCUCGUGGUCAGCUUCCGGCGCAGGAGUGCCAGGACCUCCGUCAGUUCUCUGGAGCCUUCGGAGCGGAAGAGGUGCUGUGAGCCGCCCCCACCCUGCCUCGCCAACCAUCGACCACCACCCCCACCCGUGACACAGCCCCAGCCGGUAUCCGCCCCUGUGGCCCGUGAACCUCGCGUCGAGGACAUCGAGAUCUUCCAGGAGUGUCAGCUCAAAAUACAGAGCUCCGUCCGUCGUUCGGCCUCCACCCUCAGACAGGACAAAGACAAGACAGAGGCCGAGGAGGGACAGGACCCACUCAGGAUAGUUCGAAAGUCCUUUACUGUACCUUGUCUGGUGCUGCACUGAACUCUCAGGAUGACAAUAAUCGGUCAAAAAUUGAUCUGUCUACUAUAAGCCCUAAGGGCUAACUAUGUGUUCUUUGACAGACAAGAAUAACCAUAUGUGUAUGCUGCGCUUUCCUCUAAGAGUUUUCACUUAGCAUAUAUCAUCAAAAUAAACUACUUACGGAAUUAUUUUACACUCGCAUCUGUAAAUAAUCUCCAAUCUAUUAAAUCGCUAUUUUUUUUUUCUAUUUUAUUCAAAGCAUUUAAUAUCAUACUGUGUGUGUGAAAUAUUUUUGAAAACAGUCUCGGAACAUUUUUCAGUACUGAACUAUAAUUUACGUAGUAAAUGGUGCUUCAGUAGUUGUGUAUUGCACCAUUAAAAACUACAUACUGUUACUUCUUAAGGUGAAAAUAUUUUAUUCUUGUACAGUACAGUUUUUAUUGUUGUAUUAAAUUAUUUAUAGUAUUAUUGUGUUACUUAAUGUCCUCAUUUGUUGUUAUAACAUAAUUGUAUUGUGAUAUUUGAUUCAUAAUCAAAGACCUUUAAUUUUUUUUGACAGCAUAAUUCAACUAAGUGAAAAAAAUUUAUAAUUUCUUUAUGUGAAUUGUUCUCUGUUUGGAAUACAUUCUGGUACAUGUACAGUUGUUUUAGUCUAUAAACGGUUCGUAACAAACUUAUUUACAGCUUUCAGACGGGUUAAAAGUUGCAAUUCAUUGUACAGCAGUGCACUUAGUGUACUAGUAUUUGUUACUGUAUAUAAAUUGUAAUGUCAUUUCUAAACUCUUAGAACUAUAAGGCUAAUUGUGAUAAUUUGUAGACAAACUUGUGUAAAAAGUGGUUAAUUGUAAAUAAAGAAUUGCUUCUUAAAGCAGUUAAAAUUUGUUUAACUGUGUCUGUACACGUCCAUGGGUGCUGUGACUGUUAUAUUUUUGAAUUGAAUUGGAAAUUUGGUGCUGUAGUUUAAACGUGAAAAUAGUAUAUGUUAGUUUUUCUAUUCAGGCUACAUGAUACUUAGUAAGUUAUUUGUAAUAAACUUUGUUGUUUGCAAAAUAUA